AUGAAGGCCUACAUUAACCGCACCGCCACCUUCGCAUGGUCGCCCGCUGCCUACGAGUCGGAUUCUCCCCACAUCGCAACAGGUACCGUGGCUGGCGCUCUCGACGAAUCCUUCAGCAACGAGAGCGUUCUUGAACUCUGGGAGCCCUCCUAUGCCGCUUCCGCUUCCGCCACCAAGGAUGCGAAACCGCUUGGCAGCAUCAACACCAGUGCUCGCUUCAACCGCCUCGCUUGGGGCUACGCCAAUCCUUCGCGCCCAAAAGGUCUCCUCGCUGCUGGUCUCGAGAAUGGUGAACUUGGCAUCUGGGAUGCCCAAAAAAUCCUCGCCGAUGCUUCAGAGUCGGAUGCGCAGGUCAUUAAAAACACCACACACUCCGGUCCCGUUCGCGGUCUCGACUUUAACCCGCUCCAGCCCAACCUGCUCUCCAGUGGUGCCGUCGCUGGCGAAAUCUUCAUCUGGGAUCUCAACUCCCCUGCAAAGCCAUACUCGCCCGGUGCACGUUCUCAGAAGCUCGACGAGAUCACCUCGUUGGCUUGGAAUUGCCAAGUGCCUCACGUUCUCGCCACAUCAUCUAGCAGCGGAUACACCGUCGUCUGGGAUCUCAGGGGCAAGCGCGAAGUCGUCGCACUUCAGUAUGGCGGUGGUGCCGGCACUGCUGGUGGCUCUCUUGGCUUCAACGCCGGAGGCGCCCUCGCUGCCGGCGGCCGACGCGGUAUGAGCGCUGUCGCUUGGCAUCCCGACACCCCCACAAGACUCGUCACCGCCAGCGAAGACGACUCGAGCCCCGUCAUCAUGCUCUGGGAUCUCAGAAACUCGCGCGCUCCCGAAAAGAUCAUGACCGGUCACGACAAGGGUGUCCUCUCCCUCUCGUGGUGCAAGCAGGACGCCGACCUCCUCCUCUCCUGUGGUAAGGACAACCGAUCCAUCUGCUGGAACCCGCAAACGUGCGAGAUCGUCGGCGAACUCCCCUCCAGCUCCAACUGGUCCUUCGAGGUGCAGUGGUCGCCUCGCAACCCAGCCAUGCUUGCCACGGCCAGCUUCGACGGCAAAAUCGGCGUGCACUCUCUCCAGAGCACCAACGCUCCCGAAACAGACGCUCCCGCCGCACAACAGCUCGCGGACGACUCCGACUUCUUUAACCAGUCCGCCGCUCCAGAGGCCACCUCCAAGGGCUUGUCGCUCAAGCAACCCCCCAAGUGGCUCCGUCGUCCCGUCUCCGCAGUCUUUGGCUUCGGUGGUCAGCUCGUGUCCAGCGGUGGCCCCUCCAGCAAACCCUUCACUCCCACCGUCCACCUUCGCGACUUUGUCUCGGAGCCCUCCAUCGUCGAUAGGGCAACCAAGUUGCAACAGGCUCUCGACGGUCAGAGUCUCGCCGAAUUCUGUGCGGAAAGAAGCCAGGACUCUUCCACUCGUCCCGACGACAUUGCAAACUGGAAGGCGCUCCAGACUUUGUUCCGUGCCGACUCUCGCGACGAGCUCGUCGCCUUGCUUGGCUUCUCCAAGGAGGACGUCGCCCAAAAGGUCUCGCAAUCCAUCGCUGCUUUCAAGACCAACGGUGCUGUCGCUGUGACACCAGAGCCUACUGCGGCUGCAAACGAAGCCGACGAGCCAGAGCCUGUCAAGCCAGCCACGUCUGCGGACGCUGCCGCUGAGCCUCUCGAGUCCGCCGCCGCCGACGCGCAACCAGAAACCGAAGCGAAGGACGCUGCAGAACCCGGUCUGUUCGGCGACGAUGCUGCAGGAGCAGACAACAAGGACGCCUCGGACUUUUUCAGCCAGAUUUCGAACGACGCAGCCCCAGCCGUCCGCUCGGCUCUGCCAAGUCACCUCGUCUCCGACUCUCAGCAGCCCAUUCAUUCGCCGGCCGCGACCAUUGGAUCGCCCAGACCUUCCUCUGUUGCAAGCGAAAACAUCCGUCCUUCCACCUUCAAGAUUUAUCCCUCCGAGGAGUCCGAGGCCGACAAGCUCAUCACACGCGCCCUUGUCCUCGGCGACUUUGAGAGCGCUGUCUCGCUCUGCAUUAACAGCGAUCGCUUCGCCGAUGCUUUCCUCCUCGCCGUCCGAGGUGGUGAAGAGCUUCUGGCGAAAACGCAAAAGGCCUACUUCGAGAAGCGAACGGCGCAGCUCCCUUACCUGCGCCUCUUCCAGAGCAUCGUUUCGGACGACCUCUCCGAUGUGGUGCAGAACGCCGACCUCGGCGAGUGGCAAGAGAUCUUUGUCGUCCUCUGCACCUUCGCCAAGCAAGACGAAUUCAGCAACCUGACCGAACAGCUCGGUCAGCGUCUCGAAUUCCAGUACACUGUUGCACGCAACUCGGAUACGACCCAGGCCAAGGAGCACCGCAAGAACGCCGUCCUCUGCUACCUCGCUGCCGGUAAGCUGGAGAAGGUGGCAAGCAUGUGGAUCGACGAGAUGAAGGAGGAAGAGCUCGCGCUCCGAUCCAGCACCAAGGGUGACGACGCCUCUGACAAAGGUACUCUGUAUUCUGCACGAGCCGAGGCGCUUCAGACCUUCAUGGAGAAGAUCACCGUCUUCCAGAGCGCCGUCGGAUACGUCGACGUCGAUCUACAACAGCCAACCCAGGACUCGAUCGUCGCAGAGACCGGUGCUCGUUCCUACAAGCUCGCUCCGCUCUACGACCGUAUCCACGAGUACGUCGAGCUGCUCGCUGAUCAAGGUCUCAUUACCCCGGCUCUCAAGUUCGCCAACCAGACGCCCUCCGACUAUCGUCCCCAAGGCCCUGUCGACCACAGCGCCACCGGCUCGCUCACUGCUACCGCCCUCAAGCAGCGCUUGCUCAAGGCCGAGAUUGCACGCCCCAAACCCGAUGCCACCGCCUCUUCUUCGGCCACCGCCGGUGUCGCCGCAACUUCUGCUUCGACCUCUGCGUCGACCUCUGCGUACGCUGCUUUACCCACCUCUUCGUACUCAGCCGCACCCACCUCCAACGGAUACGCACCCUACGAUCCCUACGGGCAGUCGACUACGUCGAGCAUCCCCUCUGUACCCUCUGUGCCCGCAGCCAACUCGUACCAGGAUCCGUACGCUGCAGCUGCUCCUACCCCUGCAGUUGCCGCUUCUCAGCCCGCCACUCAGUCGCGAUACGCUCCAGCAGUGCCCGCACCCUUGCCUGCUGCGAUCCAGCCGGAACAGGCACAGCACAACAGCUACGGCGCGUAUGGUGCUCAGGGCUACCAAUCGGCGUACCAGCCAGCUCAAACCAUGAUCCCCGCUCCUCCCACUUUUGGCGGUUCGUCCUUCCAGCAACAACAACAACUGCAACUUCCUCCGCCGCCGCCUCUCAAGCGUGACCAAUCCGGCUGGAACGACGUUCCUGAAGGCCUCGCAGCUCCCAAACGCACUCCGAGCGCCAUGUCACAGCACAAGUCUAACUCUGCCAUCACCUCGCCCUUCCCUAAUGCGCCCUCCCAGGCGCCUUCGCCUUUCAGUGGCGCUCCUGGCGCGCCUCCUGCCGGACCUCCUCGUGGUGCGACACCCUCGCGAGGCAUGAUGAGUCCUCCGCCUCAAGGCCCGCCGUCCGGACCUGGUUUGGCGCAGCAGCGCGUUGGGCCGCCUGGAGUUCGACCGCCUCCCACGGGGCCCAUGCAGGGUCAACCCCGUCCCGGUCAGCAGCCCUAUGGCGCUUCAGCUCCAGGUCAGCACCAGUCCGGUCCACCCGGUCAGGCCGCUCCUCCCGCCGGUCCCUACGCGCGACCACCCGCGGGUCCCGGUGGUCCCUACGGCAACGGCGUCCCGCAGCAGCAGCAGCCAGGCGCGCCGCCAGCAGGUCCUGGUGCGGGCGCGCUUCGACCCCCUGGCCAGGCGCCACCCGGUGCACCUGGUCUGGCAGGCCCGCCUGGCGUGCCCCAGCGCUCGGCGACGCCUGGUGGAGGAGCCGGUGCACCUCCUCGCAGCGCUACGCCUGGAGCACGUGGAGCGUCGCAGAUGAAGUAUCCUCCCGGUGAUCGAUCCCACAUCCCCGAGAAUCAGCGACCCAUCCAGCACGCUCUGCAGCGCGAAGUCGCCCGCCUCAAGGCCACGGCACCUCCUGCUCAAAAGAGGAUGGUCGACGACACUGAGCGUCGCAUCAACCUGCUGCUCGACCACCUCAACUGCGGCACCAUCGACGCCAAGACCGUCUCUGGUCUUAUGCAGAUCGUCGCCGCCAUCGAGGCAAGGAACAAGCAAGCUGCGCUCAACAUCCACUUGCAACUCGUCACUAGCAGCUCUGGCGAUGUUGCUGCCGGUCUUGUUGGCGUCAAGAUGAUCAUCUCGCGUCUCUGA